AUGGAGUGGUUAGGAACUAUUAAUUUAAUCUAUACAAUAUCGUUUCUGGAUUUGUUUGCUGUGGGCGUAUUUUUUCCAACUUUUACACAGCACUUGCGAGAUUUGGGUGCCUCUCAUACUACUAUAGGGCUGUUUACAGCAUCGUAUUCAGCCAUUCAAGUAUUAUCAGGUCCUCUGAUUGGUAGCUGGAGCGACAUUCGAGAUAGAAGAACUGUGUUAAAGUGCACACUUUUGUUGUCUUUUACAUGUUAUUUUUUACUAGGAACAACUAAUUCCAUAGGAAUUUUAUUCUUUGUACGGAUAUUAUUAGCUGUAUUCAAACACACUCAAAGCAUUUGUAAGGCUGUGAUAAGCGAUUUGAUACCAAUACAAGACCAAAGUGAUGUUCUUGCCAAAUCUGUUUCAAUUGGUUCAUGUGGUUUCAUUAUAGGACCUCUUGUCGGAGGAAACUUAGUUGAAUUAUCAAAUGGUUUUUCUUAUGUUUCUUAUUUUACAGCUCUGUUGUUCAUUUUAAAUUAUAUUAUUGCCAGUUAUAUACCAGAAGACAUCAAAACAAAAACAUCAAGACAGCAAACCAUGAUGACAAGUGAUUUUACUGUAUGGAGUACAAUAAAAAGGGAAUUUAAAAAAUCAGUAACAGAGAUAACAGAAAUCGAUUGGUCACAACAUUGGCAGUCCUUCCUAUUAAAGUUCCUUUUAGGAGUCACAAUGUCCUGUUACUUUUCAAACCAAGGUUUAUAUUUACGAGAAACUUACCAGUUAUCACAAAAACAUACAGGUUACAUGAUAUCAUAUUUUAGCGUUGUUUCUAUAUUAUCAGGAUUGUUUUUAAAAAAAAUUCACGCCGUUUUAAAUUUCGAUAAUAUCUAUUCGAAAAUGUGUUUCUGGUUUGGAGCAUUAUCAUUAGGUUUCAUAUGUUUAUAUUGUUCCACAAAUCUUAUUGUUUUUAUCAUACUUUUAAUGCCUAUAUCAAUGUGUGCUAUGGCGAUGAGAGUGAUAUCUGUGGAGAUGAUGUUUGAAAAAUCUAAAGCUCUUCAUGCAGGAUCACUAUCAGGCGCUUCUAACAGUAUAAUGUCUGUGGCUAGGUUUGUAACGCCCCUAUUCACAGGAGUUACCAGUGAUAUUUUCAGCGAAAAAUCUGUGAUGUUAAUUGCAGCCUUACCUGCUAGUUUAGGAUUAGCUGUUAGUUUGUUUAUUAGACAAAAAGAAAGACGAUGUAUUAAAGAUGAAUGA